AUGCGAUCUUUUGGCAUUCCGUGCACGACGCUACGCGAGGUGAACGCGAUAAAGAGCAUCUGCCACCCAAACGUGAUGUCGAUCCAGGAGGUAGUCGUGCCAGACAGCGGGAACUUGAACGACAUGUACAUCGUGAUGGAGCUCUGCCAGGGCACGCUCACGCGUUGGGUCGAGCCGAAGCCGCGGGACUCGCUGCCCGCGGAGUACGUGCGCGAGUGCAAGUUAAUCGCGUGGCAGAUUCUGAACGCGGUCGCGGUCUGCCACAGCCGCGGAAUCAUGCACCGCGACCUGAAGCCGGCAAAUAUUUUGUGGGGAAAGGAGGGCCUUAUCAAGAUAGCAGACUUCGGGCUCGCUCGCUUUGUGCGCGGCAAAGCGCUCUCGCCGGAACACGUCGUGCCGCAGACCGGCGAAGUGCAAACGAUGUGGUACCGCGCGCCGGAAAUUUUGCUGGGCGACGACCGCUACGGCAUGCUCGUGGACGACUGGUCAGUUGGCUGCGUGAUCGCUGAAAUGUUCCGCUUCCGCGUGAGUGUGAGCAACAAGCGCGUCGAGCCAGACCCGAUUUUUCCAGGCCGCGGCGACGUGCACACGCUAAUGCUGGUGCUCGAGUCGCUUGGCACGCCCACCGACGAGUACACGAGCGAACUGCCUUUUUUCUCUUCGCAUUUCCCAAGCUGGACGAGCGGGAACUUGCGCAAGAAGUUGCAGCUGCUCGACGACGACGGCUUCAACCUGAUCUCGAACUUGCUAGUAAUCUCGCCCUGCAAGCGCUCCUCUUCGCGCUACUUGCUCACGCACCCGUGGUUCAAUGACGUGUGUCCGUACUACCUGGUGGCAUUCUGCCCGAACGACUUGCUGAUUAACACGCGCAACAACUUGGGGCCGUGCAACAAGAUCCACGAUGAGUUGCUGAAGAAGCAGUACGAGCAGCAAGCCUCUCCGCGCGAAAAGGAACAGGUCUACGAGCCGCUGCUGCUGAAUUUCUUGAACUCGCUGAUUCGGCAAAUAAACGCGCGCGUGGACAGAAUCAACAAGCGCAUCCAGGCGGACGUGCACGGAACCGUGCUGGACGAGGAGAACUGCGAGCGCAUCGAGGCGCUCCGCAAAGAAAUCAGCGACUGCAUCCAAGCAGCGGAGAAGGCUGGAGAAGACGGCGACAUCGAUCUCGCGAAAGAACUGAACAUGAAAGCGAUAUCGCUGAACAUCGAAGUGGAACGCAUGGGCACGCACAGCAGCGGCUUGUUUAUGCAGCGCGAGCGCUCGCUGCGAGUCUGCACGAUUUGCGGUGCGAUGCAGAGCGUGGGCGACAGCAUGGCGCGUUUUGAGAGCCACGUUGUGGGCCGCCAGCACAUAGCGUUUCAAAAGUUUCGCGACUUCGUGGCAGAAAUGAACGCGAAAGCGGACGCAGAUCUAGUUUGCAAGCUGCCUCGGAACUUGUCCUUCGAAGAGUCUGCUGCACUCCCAGUCGUGCUGACAACUGUGUACCACAGCUUGAAGACAAUCGGCAAUGUCGCUCCAGGGCAGAAAGUGUUGGUACACGCCAUCACCGGCGGAGUUGGUAUGGCCGCCUUGGAGUUCCUGUUGAAGUUGGACGUCGAGGUUGUAGUGAGCAUACCUACGGCACUGAGCGCCGUGACGGUACAAGCCGGUCGUUGGAACUAUGUCAACAACAAGAGCUACCUCAUCACUGGCGGUUUCGGAGCUUUGGGUUUGUUGGUCGCGAAUUGGCUCUACAGUUGA